AAGCCUCUUCUUACGGCAAUCCAGAAUAGUAGCCAAAGGUUACAAGUCAUCGAAGAAGUUUGGCGCGGGAUUCUCUGGAGCUUGUGCUUGUGGUGUUUCAUGCCGCCUGAUCGAGUCGAAGCUAGUGAAGGGCCAAUUCAUCUUUAGCGUUGUGUGUCUGGUUUUUUAACCAAGUUGUUGCGAUGUCAGUGACUUCAGAGUGUAUUAUUUAGGAAAAACGUCUCACCUUGUAAAACAUGUCGGCAAAACUCAGAAGCAAAAUCCUGAACAGUUUCCAGCUUCGUGGUUUCUCUUUACGAAGCGAUGCCAGCAAAUAUCUCUUGGAGCUUCUGGAGCCUUUGGAGGAAGACAGACGGACCAUGUGGAUUAAUAACAUUCUGACAUGGCUCCAAGAGCAGCGGCUCGAGUCGGCUCUGGUCAACCAGCAGACCCUAGCCAAGUGCAUCCAGGAGUGGUCCCAUCGGGGAGAAGAGGACAGCCACAGCCGUGAGGUCACCGUGGUGGAUGCCUUCCAACUGUCGCCCCUUUCGUACAGUGUCGACCGCAAAAAGUUCCUCCCGAGGGACGGGGCCCGCAGUCCGAAGCUCUUCGGGGACUCGGACAGCAAGGCGUUCCUCUUCCAGGAGCGCUACUGCCUCGUGCUCCAGAAGACGGCGAGGCAUCCGUGCUUCGCGACCAAGACCUGCCGCGUUUCGUCUUCCGAAGAAACUGGGAGCUCGUUCGAACUCCGGAACGUCGAGCAGCUCCUGGGAACCAUCUCGGAACGUGUCGUCGUGCUCGGAAUGCUGACUCAGUUCGAGCAGGGAAAAUAUUUUCUGGAAGAUCCAACUGGUUCAGUUGCGGUUGACGUCUCCAAAGCGACGUUCACGGAAGGGCUCUUCACCGAGAGUAGUUUUGUACUCGCCGAAGGCCUCUACGAGGACUCCGUGUUCCGCAUCGAAGCCAUUGGACUCCCGCCAGUCGAGCCAGCUUCAGAGACCCUAAAGUACCUCGGCAGCACCACCAUCUUUUCCAAGCUCCCGGAGAAGGUUCGGACGAGGCUCGAAAUCGAAGAUCUGCCGCCGGACGCCAUGAUGGUCUUUCUCUCGGACGUCUGGCUGGACAGUGCCAAGGUGUUGGACAAGCUAAGGGUGCUGUUUGCUGGCUAUUCCCAAGCCCCGCCCACCUGUUUCGUGUUGGCGGGAAACUUCCUCUCUCGGCCAAUGGGAACGCGGAAAGACGCAGCCUUGCUGGCCGAGUGCUUCAAGAAGCUGGCCGACCUGGUUUUGGAGUUUCCGCAGUUGCUGGAGCACUCUCAGUUUGUGCUCCUGCCUGGUCCGAUGGAUCCCGGACUGUCCAACAUUCUGCCCAGGCCAGGGCUACCCCGGACCUUGGUUGAAGAGUUUACCAAGAAGGUGUCCCGCUGCCACCUGGCGAGUAAUCCCUGCCGUCUGCUGCUUGGCGGCCGAGAGGUUGUGCUCUUCAGGGAGGACGGCGUCGCGAGGGCAUGUCGUAACGCACUUCACUUGCCCUGGCAAAAAGGGGGGCUGGAUGUUCCUCAGCUGUACACCAAGUGCCUCGCUUCGAACGCGCACCUGUGCCCGCUCAACCUGGGGGUGAGCCCCGUGUACUGGGAGUGGGACUUUGCCCUCUGGCUCCUGCCGCUUCCCGACGCUGUGGCGCUGGCAGACUCCCACGACCCCUUCAGCGUCGUCCAGGGCGACUGCCUCUUCUUCAACCCGGGAUCCUUCCCCAAGACAGACUUCUCCUUCAAAGUUUACCUGCCGGGCUCCAGAACUGCAGAAGACAGCCAGAUCUCGGAAGAUCCGUUCUGACCUGGCCGGAAGUUGUGAAUGCGUUUCCUUAUUUAAAGAACAAUAAAUUGUUUUCGAGGUCAAACUUCGCACAAGCCUGAA